CAGGCAGCAGGAUUCGUUUCACAAGGCAAUUUCCCCGCGGGGUCACCUCGUAAUUCGCAUUCCAGGGAUGGAUUAGGCCAGGGCUAAUUCUGAAACCACGUGUUGUGACGGUGGACAGACAAAAUAAGCUUCUGCCCAGGCACUCAGAUCCGACCUCCCCACCUUAAACAUCAAUUCGUCAACUCACCACACUUGCCCUCACCAUGGGCCAACCACAGUCCCUUCGGGCGGCCAUCGCCGGCCGCCUUUUGAACAUAGCAAUAGCCCUAACCUUCAUCCCGCUCAUCAUCCAUGUGGUUAUGCUCGUCGCGGGGACCUUCCAAGUCAACGGCCCCGCCGGCUCGCGCCUCAUCGGCCUCAGUUCACUUUCUAUCGUCUCGUUCAACGGCAUCAUCCCCUCGGACACCCACUCCUCCUACCUCAUCCACCUCCAAUUCUUCCCCAACGCCUUCACCUGGUCCUACCCGACCUCCCCCAACCCCGACCUCACCAGCGGCAUCCUCCAAUCCGGCCCCUCCAACACCCUCGACCCCUUCAUCCUAAUCCAAUCCCUCCCCACCACCCUCUCCCUGGACCCUUCCGAAACCAACUGCCUAUCCCCCAACCCCAACCACAACCACAACCCCACCCCCGACGACAACGACGCCACCACCACAAAAUGCACCUCCCCCUUCUGGACCGCCCUCAACCACAUCAUGCCCUACCGCUUCGAACUGCACGGCCACCCGGCCUACCUCGCCCCCGUCAUCCACUUCCUCAGCAUCCUGGUCAUACUCUACGUCUUCCGCCUCGAGGCCUGCGCGGAUGUGUCCGCUCCCUAA